AUGCAAGAUCUGCCAAAUGCAAUAGGUGAAAGCCCAAUAAACAAAGCAUGUCUGUACUCCAAUGGUCUGAAGAACUUUAGGACAGCAAGGCCAGCUGGCUCUGCUAAACGUAGGAUUUCCACCAGCCGCCUGGACUCUUCGUUCUUGGAUUCAGUGUCUUUUGAGGAUGUGGCUGUGAACUUCAGUCUGGAGGAGUGGGCCUUACUGGAUCCUUCACAGAAGAAACUCUACAGAGAUGUGAUGCUGGAAACCUUCAGAAACCUGGUUUCAAUAGGUAAAAAAUGGGAAGAUGUUGAUAUGGAAGAUCAGUAUAAAAACCCAGGGAGAAAACAAAGAAUUCAUAUGGUACAGAGGCUCUGUAAAGGAGAAAAAAGUAGUUCGUAUGGAGAAAACUUCAGCUUUAUUCCCAAUAUUAAUAUGAAGAAGAAGAUGUUUCCUUCAGUAAAACCAUGGAAAUACAGUGUGCAUGGGAGAGUCAUCAUGGAUCAUUCAUCCAAUAAUAGGCACACCAGGUGUCACACUGGACACAAGCCAGCUGAGUAUCAUAAGUAUGGAGAGAAGCCAUAUAAAUGUAACAUAUGUGGGCGAGCUUUUCGUUAUCUUCAGUGUUUUGAAAAACAUGAACAAAAUCACAACGUUGAGAAACCCUAUAAAUGUGAGGAAUGUGGGAAAACCUUCAUGUGGCUCAAAGCCCUCCAAAGACACAUGAUCACACACACUGUCGAUGCUCCUUAUAAAUGUAAGGUUUGUGGGAAAACCUUUAGUUCUUUAGCUGCACUGCAAAUAUGUGAGAGAACCCACACAGGAGAGAAGCCCUAUCAAUGUAAACACUGUGGGAAAGCCUUCCGAUGUUAUAAAAGUUUUCAGAGACAUGAAAGGUCUCACACUGAAGAGAAACCCUAUCUAUGCCAAAAAUGCGGUAAGGCAUUCAUGUAUCCCAGUUACCUCCGAAUACAUGAAGCAACUCACACUGAAGAGAAACCCUAUGAAUGUCAGGAAUGCGGAAAGGCCUUCCGGUCUUACAGUGCCUUGCAACCACAUAGAAGAACUCACGAAGGAGAGAAACCCUAUGAAUGCAAGGAAUGUGGAAAGGCCUUCAGUAAUUACAGGUCCUUACAAAUACAUGAAAGGUCUCACACUGGAGAGAAGCCCUAUAAGUGCAAGCAUUGUGGUAAAGCAUUCAGCGCUCCCAAUUACCUUCGAAAACAUGAAAGAACUCAUAUUGCAGAAAAACGGUAUAAAUGUAAAGAAUGUGAAAAAGCCUUUAGAUUUUCCAAUUCCUUACAAACACAUGAAAGGACGCACACGGGAGAGAAACCCUAUGGAUGUAAAGAAUGUGGAAAAGCCUUCAGAUCUUCUGGUAAUUUACAAACACAUGAAAGAACUCACACAGGAGAGAAACCUUACAAAUGCAAGGAAUGUGAAAAAUCCUUCAGAUAUUCCAGUUCUUUACAAAUGCACAAAAGGACUCACAAAGGAGAGGAGCCCUAUGUAUGUAAAAAAUGUAGUAAAGCAUUCAGAUAUCCCAGUAAUCUUCGAAUACAUGAAAGAAUUCACAGUGGGGAGAGACCCUAUGGAUGUAAGCAAUGUGGAAAGGCCUUUAUAUCUUACAGUUCCUUACAAACACAUGAAAGGACUCACACUGGAGAGAAGCCCUUUGAAUGUAAACAUUGUGGUAAAGCCUUCAUUUCUCGAAAAUCCCUUCUAAGACACGUGAAAAUGCAUACUUGA